AUGCAUUUGUAUGACGUCGAGUGCGAUCCUGGUUGUACUGCUAACGGAGGUCGCUGUAUCGGUCCCUACCGUUGUGACUGUCCGUUAGGAAGGUCUGGCCACGACUGCUUGACAGUGUGUAGCAAUGGAAAAUACGGACGAAACUGUUUGAACACUUGCAAUUGCUCGAACGGCGCAGCCUGCGAUCCAGUAACGGGAUCUUGCAAUUGCACGGCCGGUUGGAAGGGAUCGCAAUGUAAUCAGCGGUGUCCGCCCGGAACGUACGGAUUGGGAUGCAUCCGCUGCAACUGUUCAAACGAAGCCGAAUGCGACAGCGAGACGGGCAAAUGUCGCUGUCCGCCAGGACUUUUUGCAGAUAGAUGUGCUAACGCGUGUACGUUGUGGACAUUUGGUAGCAACUGUUCGGAACGAUGCGCCUGCAACAGGUCCAAUGCAUUCAACUGCAGUGGUGAGGACGGUCAGUGCAAUUGCAUCCACGGUUGGAAGGGGGAGACGUGUUCGGAACCUUGUGAACGUGACGAGCAUGGUCCUCACUGUCGCUUCAAUUGCACGUGUCAAAAUGGCGGAAAAUGCAACAAAUUUUCUGGAAAUUGCAGUUGUCCUCCUGGUUUCCGUGGAGACAAGUGUGAGGAAAGAUGCCCGGAUAAUAAAUAUGGUCUGGGAUGUACGAGCAAUUGCAGUUGCAAGAAUGGGGGAUUGUGUAAUGGAACAGAUGGGAGUUGUACGUGUAUUGGUCACUGGGUCGGUCUGUACUGCGAUAGAUCAUGUUCGAUGGAUUGGCAUUACUGGAAUGGAUCUAGCUGUACUCGCUGUUCCUGCAAGAAGAGCAAUACGUUAAGAUGCAACGAUUCCACCGGUGAAUGCACAUGCGCAGAUGGAUGGUCACAUCGAACCUGCGCCGUCGCCUGUCCACCCGGCACGUACGGAAACAAAUGUCAGAACUUAUGCAAAUGCAAAAGCAACGCUCAUUGCGAUCCGGUCGACGGAACAUGCACGUGUACCGACGGUUACAACGGCACACUGUAA